CCUUUUUCACUCUCUCUCUCAUCAAAACUCCAAAAAGCAGCUCUGUGUGGUUCUCUCACUUUCUCUCUCUAUCGUUGUAUCGUUUGGCGUCUCAUCCGUUUAGCGAUUUUGCCCUUCUUUCUCUUCUUCUAUUGAUCCAGUUCAUCACUGUAACCAUGAGUGACCAAGGAGAAAAGACAUGUCCUCUCUGUGCUGAAGAGAUGGAUAUGACAGAUCAGCAGUUGAGGCCUUGCAAGUGUGGCUAUCAGGUAUGCGUAUGGUGUUGGCAUCACAUAAUGGAAAUGGCUGAGAAGGAUGAGACAGAAGGGCGGUGUCCUGCUUGCCGCAGUCCAUAUAAUAAGGAAAAGAUUGUUGGCACGGCAGCAAAUUGUGAAAAGAUGGUGAGCUCGGAGAAGAAAUUGACAUCUCGAAAGGGUAAAAGUAAAACAGCUGAUUCGAGAAAGCAACUUAGCAGUGUGCGUGUUGUUCAAAGGAAUCUUGUCUAUAUUGUUGGUUUGCCUCUCAGUUUAGCUGAUGAAGAUCAGCUUCUGCAGCGGAAAGAAUAUUUCGCUCAGUAUGGGAAGGUUCUGAAGGUGUCUAUGUCUCGAACAGCUGCUGGUGCCAUUCAACAGUUCACAAAUAAUACAUGCAGUGUAUAUAUUACCUAUUCAAAGGAGGAGGAAGCAGUCCGUUGUAUUCAGGCCGUACAUGGAUUUAAUUUGGACGGUCGACCUCUAAGAGCGUGCUUUGGAACAACAAAAUACUGUCAUGCUUGGUUGAGGAGUGUGCCCUGCACCAAUCCUGAUUGUUUAUACUUGCACGAGAUUGGAUCGCAAGAAGAUAGCUUUACUAAGGAUGAAGUAAUAUCGGCUUACACAAGGAGUAGGGUUCAACAAAUUACUGGUGCCAUUACUAGUAUGCAACGGAGAUCAGGGAAUGUUUUACCACCAGCGGCAGACGAUUACUGCAAUAACAGCUCUGUUUCUGCAGGAAAACCUUUUAGUAAAACUGCUACAAAUAAUUCAGCAACCAAUGCGAGAGGCUCUCCACCAAAUAGCAGCCCUGGUAGAUCAGCUGCUCUUCCUGCUGGCGCUUUGUGGGGGACGCGUGCAUUAAAUAACCACCUGCCACCUGCCAGUGCACCAAGUUCUAAUGGACUGCCGCCUGCCAGCGCACCAAAUUCUAAUGGACUGCCGCCUGCCAGCGCACCAAGUUCUAAUGGACUGCCGCCUGCCAGUGCACCAAGUUCUAAUGGACUGCCGCCUGCCAGUGCACCAAGUUCUAAUGGACUGCCGCCUGCCAGUGCACCAAGUUCUAAUGGACUGCCGCCUGCCAGUGCACCAAGUUCUAAUGGACUGCCGCCUGCCAGUGCACCAAGUUCUAAUGGACUGCCGCCUGCCAGUGCACCAAGUUCUAGUGGACCUUUUAAACAGAAGGCUGAAAUAUGUAGCCCACUUACAUGCUCCACAGUUGUUGCCAAUAAUAGUCAGGUCUUGUCAUUGCCUGCCGAAGCAGGAAAGAAAGCUAUUCAUAGCAAAGAAAGUGGCAUUAGUCAAGAGAAACGUAAAAUAGACAUGUUAGAACCUGUUAAACAGUCUGUAGGAGCAGAUGAUGCAGCCUAUAGUUCUGAAAAAACCGAUAUAGCCAUACGUCCUGCUUCUUCAUUUAUGAACAGUCAGUUUGAUAUCACCCCGUCUUUGAAGGACACAGAUAUACAUUUGAUCACAUCAUCCAGUGCUACAAAUACCUUUGAUCUUCCUUUGAUGUCCAAUGUACCUAGUUUACCAAAAGAUCCCUAUGAUGCCACAGAUGUUGAGGAGAAUGUAUGCUCAGAUUUUUCAUCAUUUAGCAUUGAUAAACAACAAAAGUCACAUGCUACCUAUGAGAAAUCAAGGGAGCUGUCGCCUUCUCAGACGAAUGGGAAAUCUGUGAUUUCUGCAGAUGAUGUUAUUAUCUCAAGACAAACGUCUGAUUUGAGACUGGAAACACAGGAUCAAGGAAUACAAGACACAGCUCCUGAAAUGGAGGAUGAUUUGCUAUCUUUCAAUGCACAGAGACAUAGGGACCCUGAAGUAAUUUUAGAGAAAAGCCACUCAUCAAGUCCUUCCAUCUCUUUACACUCUUCAGGGCAGCUUAAGGGUUAUUCUUCGCAGUUUGCCAAUGGGGUUGGACCUAUUAGAGCCAACAUGCAAACUUUUGAUCAGAGAGUUGAUUCAGUAUUACAGCCUUCUAGUAUUGGAGAACUUCGUAAUGGAUACCCUGAAAAUCCAUUCAGUUGUGCGGGUAAAUAUUUGGGAAGCACUGAUGACACUUAUUAUUUGUCUAAUGAAAGUAAGAGGAUGCACUUGAAUAGGUUUGAAGGUGAAACUGCUACUGCAGAUCAUAGUACUAAUGCAGAUAGGGGAGAGAACAAUAUAAUAUCUAAUAUUUUGUCUAUGGAUUUCGACCCAUGGAAUGAGUCAUUAGCCUCUCAGAACUUGGUUAAGUUGUUGGGAGAAACUGAUAACCAACAAGGGUCUAGAGUAUCAAACUCAAGAAAAGUACAGAGCAGCAAUCAGUCAAGGUUCUCUUUUGCAAGGGAGGAAGAACCCAUGAAUGCAUCUACUGAUUCUCGUCCAUCUUUAAGUUACAUUGACAGAAGUUAUAGUCAUCGCCCUCUUGAUCAAGAUUUUCAAAAUAGCAGAAGUUAUCAGCUUGAUGGUUUUGGUACUCGCAAUGGUUUCUCACUAUUUAAUAAUCAGGAAUCUAAUGGUUUUGCCAACAAUUAUUCUCACCUCUCCUCUAAUAAGCAAUCAGUGUCGAGAUCUCAGAUGACUGCGCCUCCAGGGUUUUCAGCACCAAAUAGGGCCCCACCCCCAGGCUUUGCAUAUGAGAAAAUGGAACAUAAUUUUGCUUCUCUCUCUGGUACCCACAUGCUUGAUACCACCUCCUUACUGCGCAAUGAAUAUCCAUCAAUUGGCAAUGUCAACAAUGGGGACAUUGAGUUUAUGGAUCCUGCAAUCUUGGCAGUUGGUAAAGGCAGGGUUCAAAAUGGCCUUAAUGGCUCUAGUCUAGACAUGUCUCCAAGUUUUCCUCCACAGCCAAGUGGUUUUGAAAAUGAGGCAAGACUUCAGUUUCUCAUGCAAAGAUCUCUCUCUCUGCAUCAGAAUCAGAGAUACACUGAUAAUAGGGAUACCUUUUUCAAUGAUGCUUAUGGAAUUUCUUCGAGGGUUGUGGAGCAAACUCUGGCCAACAAUCUUUCCCCAUUUUCACAACUGAAUCUUCCCCAGGGUAGGAACUCUGUGAUGUCAAAUGGCCAGUGGGAUGGCUGGAAUGGUGGGGUCCCAAGCGGAAAUGACAUGGGCAUGGCUGAACUCCUCCGAAAUGAAAGGCUGGGCUAUAACAAGCUCUUUAAUGGAUAUGAGGAACCAAAGUUCCGCAUGUCCAAUUCAGGCGAACUGUAUAACAGAACAUUCGGGAUAUAGAUGUGCGUCUGGGAUUUGUUCAGCUUGUUGAGCACAGUUGUGGGAGAAACAAUGAAUUAGAAAAAUCAUGUGUGACCUAGCAGACGUGCUUGAGAUGAUCAAAGAUACAAUGAUGCUCAAAUUGUGGUAAUAACUCAAGGAUAGCUGUGAGGGAAUAUGAUCGAUUUGCCUUUCUAGAAGGAAGCUUGAUCAUGACUGUCUGAAUACUGCUUUCUGAUUGGUGAAGGAUGAAAUCCUCGAAAACAGGAUGUCCAUAAACCAACAGGUGAAAGCUGCUGAGUUUUUCGGGGCUCUACAGUUGUUUAGACAGGAAACCUUACAUGAUUUCGUUGGCAGGCGACGUGGGAGUGGAGAAUCAGGUUAUCACACACAUGACUUGGAGGCGUUGAGACACACAGCUCGUUUUUCUGAGCUUGCCUGCAAUAAUGCAAAUAGUAAAAGCUGAUAGAAGUUAUAGAAAUAUAUAUCUGUUUAUACCGAACUUCUCCUAAUUAUUUUUGGAAAAAAUGAAAUUGUUGCGUUAGCGGUGAAACAUCAUGGACAAGAUUAGUUGUGUUGUGUGGAGCCUGAUAUCUUGUUUCUUGACAAAACUGGGUGCUAUGAAACUAUGGUGUGCUUUUUCCGAUUA